UCACUAGAGCGACGCCAUUUUUGCGUUGGAUUUGAUCGUGGUGUUUGUGUCGUCUGCUACGAAUUUUUGAUUUUAUAAACAAAUAUAAUUUGUUAUUUUGAUAAAAAGUAUUAAAUGUAACUGCGGUUAUGACACGCAAUGUAAGAAGACAGUUUGUGUUAUUACAAGUUCAAUAAUUGUGGUAUUAUUCUCUGCGCGGGAAAUGUGACUACGUCCAAUAUCAAUUUCGCUAAAGGACAUUAUUGGAUAAAUAAAGCUACAGUGCAUAAGGUUAAAACUUUACAACAAUGAUUCCAAAUAAAGUACGUGAAAGCCGGAGAGUGAAAUCCUUAAAACUCCCUAAAAGCCUGGAACGCUUGUAUAAAGAAGGAAAAUGUCGCGAGUGCUCAGUUGUUGUUACUCGCAUGGACUUUGCCAAGAUACUAGGCAAAUUCACCAAGGUAAAAAUACAGUAUGAAAGCAGUACAACUCCUAAAACGAAACAAAAUGUUGACUCGACUUUGCCAAGCUCAAACGCCAGAUUAAAAAACACUGAGAAUGGUAUGGUCCUAGUCCAUAGAAAAACCUGUAGUCAACCAGAUAAAGAGGUGUUGAAUAAUAAAAAGAUGAAAAACAACAAGCUUGCAUCACCGGUCGCACCAAAUAUAUUAAAAGAAAACAACAGGUUAAAAAAACCUGUACUGAAAGACAAAAAUUCUAAUUAUGAAGAGAAGAAACUAAAAAAUGACAAUAACCUGAAACAAUACAAUAUUGUAUUUGAAGAUCCCACAUGUAACAACAACAAUAACAAUGAAAUUAACUUUAAAAUUUCAUUAAUUGAUUUAUUACCAGAUAUUGAUGAUAAUAUACUUCCUUCCGAAGACUGGUGUAUAGAUUCCUUCCCUAAGAAAGAUGAACCAAAAGAUGAUCAGGUGUAUGAUAGGAUAGCUGCUGAGCUAGAAGAUCUCAUGUACAAUGAGAAACCAAUUGCAAAACUGGAAGAAAAACAAGAAGUCACAGAGAGCAAAGUGGAUGACUUCCCAUCAAUAAUGGACAUCCUGAACGACAAUAGUAGUGAGAGUAAAUCAACUGACCAAAGUAAUACCCUUGAAUUUAAAUCUAAUUUAGAGUCUAGUGAUGUGGAGGCAAUGCUCCUUGGUAAAUCCAAUGCUACAUGUGAAACUGCUCCAACACCAAUGGAUGUUGACAACACUAGUAUGGGUAAUUUGAUUGAAGAUGUUAACCAACUCAGCACAAUUCAAGAAACAUUAACUACUAAUGAAGACCCUGCUAAUAACAGCGAGAACAUCUUACCUAACUCGGUAAUGCCAGAAGAGGUUGACAACCCCCACAGUCCUUCCAUUCUUGAUGAAGCAUUACAAAAAGGUAUCGAAGAACAUUUACCAAUCAAGCACGAGGAACCAGGACCAGUAAAUGAAGAAACAGAAGAUAAACAACCUAUUGAAUCAACAGAAAAUUUAAAUUCUAUUUCAGCUACUACUGACAUAGAAAUGAAGGAAACUGAAUCAAAGGUAACAGAUGUCGGUAAUGAAGACAAAAAACAGUCUGAUGAUAAAGUAAAAAGUAAGGAAACAAACUUUUUGUCUCUGAAGGAGGAAAUCACACAUAUUGUAUUUAAAAAAACUAAAGAGGGUGCAUGUUCAAAGUCUGUAACAUGUCCAAAGAAUUUAAAAUACUGUAUUGAAAUUUCAGACAAAUCGGUUGAAUUCUUAGGUGCACCAAAAUAUAUCACAAGUUUAGAAGACUUAAAAGUACUUUUGCAAAUAGUAAAUGAGAGUGAAUUAGAUAGUCCCUAUGUAUUGCAUUGAGCUAUUCAACAGAAUAGAAAUACUUAUAUUAUGUAAAUAUAUUCUUAUACUUACACAAAUCCAAACAUAGUUGAAUCAUUUCAACAUUUAAAAAUUAGUGCCUACCUAGAUAGUUAGGGAAUGACUGAAAAACUGUUAAGCUUAUUGCAUGUUUGAAUUUGUAAUAUUAUGACAUUACUACAUAAUAUCUAAAAUGAAAUAAAAUAUCCAUUAAUAUAAUCCUCAAGUCAUUAACUUUCUGAGCAGGGUAUACAACAUCAAAGAAUGUAUAAUUUUAAGUUGUCAUUUACAAAAAUGAUUUGUAAUUGCUUAACAGUCUUUCUGGUUCAGAUAUGAAGGUAUAUAAUGCUUUCAAGCUAUUAGUUAAUGAAAAUAUCAGUGGUACUGGUACCCUAUUUAACUGGUCAUCCAAAGCUUUGCAAUACUUUGGCAAUUUACAUGGCUAUAAAUCAAUGUUUUAACAACAAGAUAUUGACUGAAAUAAUUUUAUUAAUACAUUACCUAUGUGUUUUGUUAUAGUUAUAUUGUCUUGAUAUAAAUAUAAUUGCAAUUUAAAUAUAUUUUCAUUAGUUUAGUUUUUAGAAAUUAAAAUAAUAAUUUAGUUGGUGAAGUGAAUGUUCAUAUAAGUCAUUGAAUUCAACAUAUGUAACUGGUGACAACCGAUGGGCUGAAAGAAAACAUUAAGUUUUUGGACUCCAUAAAGACUAAUAGAUAAUUGUUGCCCAAAACAUGGUUAAAACACAAUAAACAUAAAGAAAAACCGAUUAUUCAAUAUUGCCACAUUUCUUCUAUUCAUUUACAACAUAUUUUUAAAAUUAAAUAAAUAUAGGUAGGUAGGUGUUUACAAAAUAGCCUAGAAUUAUUGUUUCAGUUACAUUCAAAGUGCUAGUUUAUAUUUAAUCAGGGCAACAUUCUAUACUUCAUUUAUGGUUCCUAAAAAUAACAAGGUUACAAUCUUAAGCUUAAAUUGUAUUGAUAAUUGUUUUGUUUCAAUAUCUCAUUACAAUAUUUAUUUAUUUUUUCCAAAUACUAAGACAUCCACGUAAGAAAAAAAUACCAGUAGAAUAUUAGUUAUUUUAUGCUGGCAACUGUGCCGUACCUACCCUAAAUACCUACGUUAUGUACCUAUCUAGUAGGUAAAAUUGUUUUAUGCUACAAACACAGUACCUAUUAACAUUAUGACGAAUUAGGUUUCAACAAAAGUACAUAAAUGUUAUAAAUAUAUUUAAAAAAUAUUGUAUGUUGAAUUGCAAUAAAAUUCUCGAAAUAAAUCUCUAUCAUGAAUAUAUGAUUUAAUUAAUUAUUCUGAAAAACUUAACCAAUGAUGAAAGCAGAACUUAUCAUGAUUCGGGAGUAAUAUUUUUUAAAUACGACGUUGGUCCCAGGCCCAAUUGCCUACGCAUAGGGUUGCCACAAUAAAAUUUACAUUACUAAAUGCAGACGUCUGAAUAUUAUGAAGAAAUCUAUUUGCUAGAAUCCACCUGCGGAAUUAAUUUUAUUAUUCCCGAGUUACGUAAAAGUUUUCUAAAAAUACGUAUCUACGUUAUCGUCACUACGUCCGCGUCCUGGGAUCAACUCAACGCGAUGUCUACACAAAAACCAACAGUGGAAAAGUAUUUAAGGAUGAAAAUGAGUUUAAAUAAAAAAGUACCUACUCUAAACAUUCUUGUGUCCUAUAAAAAAGGUAUUAUAGGUGUUUGGUCGAGUUUUUAAUUUACACAACUUUAACAAAAAGUUUAGUUUGUAAAAGUAUUAACGAGAUAAGGAAGUACUCGAUGAAAACCUACUUUUCAGAAAUCUAAGAUUUAUAAUGAGCAUCACAUCCUAACAAAUUUUGUUUAGUGGUUUAUUUAUCUUUAGAAAUGCCCCCUAUGGUAUAGAGUAAUCUUAGACUUAGAUAUAAUAUUUAUUUAAGUGACCGAUUUGUUAGUUUACAUAAUGUAAAUCGGUUCUUUCUUACGCAAUCGAAAUCAAAAUAGAUUAGAUGUUGUUUCAAGGUCUCUAAAACUUCAUGUUGCACAGUUUACGCUUAGGUAUGUCAUAAGGUUUUUAAUAAGGUACCCAGUGCGGUUCCUAUAGUGUGUCCAUAACCUAAAACAAUAGGUAAACGACAGACGUGACACGAUAUUACUAUAAGGAUAUAAUAUAGAAAAACGAUCUGCUUAUUGGGCCCGCUAUGAAAAGUUAAUAAAUAAGUCGCACUUAUUAGUUUUAGAUACUAUAUUCUUCAUGUUAAAUAUCUAAUUAUGUAGAAAAUAGAAAUACAGACACCUGUCGGCGGCCUAACGGCAACAUUGAACUAUAAUUAUGUUCAAUAUUUAUCGAUAUAUUAGCUAUUUGCACUUAUUAUUGUAUCUUUGAGGUACCUACAAAUAAUUGUAAAAUUUGAUUAACCACAUAACAUUAAGUACCUGUCGUAACUGUCAUUGUUUGAGACUGGGUAGGUACCUAGUUCCCUACGUAAAUGUAGCGUAAAAUACUUUAAAUAACGAAUAAGAAAAGAAAGGUAUUUGUUCGAUUGUAAUUUUGUAGGUAGAUGUGUUCCUUCAGGAAAUAAAAUAUUUUACCACCUAAGGCGGAUGUUAUUACUUUAGGGCCCUCCAAGGCCCGCGUUUUCAUUUUCAAAUUCUUAACGUUAAAUAUUCAUAGACGUAGCUAUGAUUGUUGCGUGAGUGUCACACUACGUAGGUAUUUUUAUAGCGGCACGAAUUCAGAUAUUUGGGUUUGACAGUUCUAGAUACCUACUGUUUAGUAUACAUAUCUAAGAUCGUCUAACAACAAUUAGUUUGUUAUUCAUUUGUAUUAAUUUAAGUCGUAUUUUCUAAGCUAUCUUGAGACGAUUUUUGCCUAUCCAACAUUUAUAUAAUCUAAACAUUGGAGUUAAUAUAAUGUUUUAAGGUCUUCUGACUGAAAGCAGACACUUUUUCAGUUUAUUGUAUAAUAGUAGAUACAUUGUAAGUAUUGAUAUUUAGCUAUUUAUUUAGUAGGUACCUAGCAAGUAAUAGGUAGUCCUACAUUAUUUUCGCUAUCUAAAUUAUGAGGGGAGAAUUAGCUGGGGUUGCCAGAUUUCAUGAAUCGGAUUGCAAUACGAGACGUAAAUAAGACUGUCAAGAUGUAAACCAUUUUGAUGAGUUUUGCAAUCACAAUCGAUCAUGGGCUUUUUUAUCAAAGAAUUUUCCGGUGGUCUCAGAUUUUUUGCAUCCAUGUAUUCUUUAGUUUUUAAAAUGGAUAGGUGUCCUAUUUAAAUAUGGAAUUAGGAAACUUGUUAAAAAGCUUACAAAUAAAUACAAUUAAUAUUUAUUAGUGCAUAUUUUAUUGUUUUAAAUACCAUGUUAAAAAUUGCUUGCUUACAUUGUAAAUAGUUUAAGAAUUUGGCUUACGAUUAAUUUGUUUAUUAAAAUAGUAUAGAACUUC